GGUUCUUCUUAUCGCGGGUGCGUGAACGCACAUACACAUACAUCUUUGUAUAUAUAUACACAGUACUAUUUACGCAGCGCACGCACAAACGCACUCUGAAGCAGUCUAAAUACGCUCGCACGCAAUGCUAUCGCCGGCAAAGCGCUCACGAAUCGCCGCGCGCGUGGGGAGGCACCAUAACACCACAAUAAUACUCGACGACAUAAUAUUAUAGGCAGUGUAAACGCGCGCGCCGUUGACGCCGCCGCCGCCGCCGUUGCUGUUUGCUUGCUUGUUCGCUCGCGCGCGCACACGCACACACGCACACUUGCGAACGUCCGUAUACACGUGCCGCCGGGAAACCGAGAGAGGAGACCGUUUCGGACGGAACGCUCCCGCCGCCUUCGGGGCUUCAGUAGGCUGUUGACUGUUGGCUGCGGUCCCGCGACCGCGCGAUAAUAUCGUAUAUUAUAUUAUACUGCACGUCCGCAUCAUCGCGCAACAUUCGUACCGCAAGCGUUCACCUGCAUAGUCGUGUACUGCUUAUCUCAAGUUUUCACAAUUUCCUAGUUUUUUUUGUUGUUUUUUUUCUCUAUUAAAUUUGUUUAUCAUUCAUCUUUCGAUCCCGCUCUUGCCAUCUCUGUUCUUUUUUCGUUUUCUUCCCCUCUCUUAAGACGACCGUGAGCAGCUGCACCGCUCGCAUAUAUACAAAAAAAAUAUAUAGUGUGAGAAAGAGAAAGAGAGAGAAAGAGAGAGAGAGAGAGAGAGUAACUGCAUAGUUGCAGUAUAGUCACUACAUUAUACUAUUAGUCUCGUCUAGUCUCUGGUCCCGCGCGCUCGUCUCCCUGCUGUCAGUAACCGUGGAGGAAUGCCCCAGUGAAAAAUGGCUCAGCUUUGGGACAAGUCGCAAAAACAGUGGAUAAAAAAUUUCUGGCUCAACCUCAAAAACAACAACAAAAACGCCGGCGAAAAUGUUUUGGGCCAUGUAUCCGACAUGGUAGAACUUAUCAAUGGGGAAAUGCCGAUAUUGAGCUCGUCUAGUGGAGGAGCAUCGACAGAUUUCGUUCGCGUUGGCAUCGACUGUACGCUUAGCCCGUUGAAACCGGCCACUGCUACAACCGGAACCCUACACAAUCAACAACAACAACAACAACAACAGCUACACCAGAAGACGGCUAUCGACGUCGCAGAGAACGCUUCCGAGGGAUCGGCAGCGGCGGCGGCGAUCAAGCGUGUGGUGUGUAGCCCGGAUCUGCCGGUGUUCACCAUAACGCCAGUGGUCGAAGAAGCGGCCGUGAUCAUCGACUCGGCUAAGACGGGGGCCGCGGCGGUUGCGGCCGACCCGGCUGGUCUGCCGUCAUCUCAUACGGCCACCACGGCGUCUGACAAGUCUCUGCAGUGCAACGUGUGCCACAAGGUAUUCAUGCAGAAAAACGCUUUCCAAAAUCACUUGCGAUCUCACGUGAAGGACACGACGACGGACGGCCCGUUCCAGUGCAACUACUGCAGCAAGUCGUUUACGGUACCAGCCCGGUUGACCCGGCACUACCGAACGCACACCGGUGAAAAGCCGUACAAAUGCGAGUAUUGCGACAAACCGUUCUCGGUCAAGGAGAACCUGAGCGUGCACCGGCGCAUCCACACUAAGGAGAGGCCGUACAAAUGUGACGUGUGCGAGCGGGCGUUUGAGCACAGUGGAAAAUUGCACCGGCACAUGCGCAUACACACUGGUGAACGGCCACACAAGUGUUCGUUCUGCGACAAGACGUUCAUCCAGAGCGGCCAACUGGUCAUUCACAUACGCACUCACACUGGCGAAAAACCGUACGUGUGCAAAACGUGUGAUAAGGGGUUCACGUGCUCCAAGCAGCUCAAGGUACACACACGCACGCACACAGGCGAGAAGCCGUACUCGUGUGACAUAUGUGGCAAGUCGUUCGGCUACAACCACGUGCUCAAGCUCCACCAGGUGUCGCAUUAUGGCGAGAAAGUGUACAAGUGCACAAUUUGCAAUGGCACGUUCACGUCCAAGAAGACCAUGGAGAGCCACAUAAAGAGUCAUUCGGACAACGGUGGUGGUGGAGCAGCGUCGGCCGCUGCGGCUGCCGCUAACGGUAUCCAGGUGACCGGCAGCGCUGCAGCGGCUGCGGACGCGGGUGCACUGGUCAUUACUGUGCAAUCUUCGUCUAAAAAAGACGCGGCUUCCGAGGGUGAGACUUCGUCGAGCUGUGGUAGCGACAAGGAGAACAACAAGUCUACAGGAGCCACGUCCGCUGCGGUAUUGCUUCAGCUGUCUGACGAACCGAAACGCACUAAUCUUCUUUUGCAGCAGUCGUCAGCUGCGACGGCUUCCGUAGUAAUGGUUCGGGAAGACGAUGGUGGCGGUGUUGGAAAGUCCGAUGAUGACGAUGAUGACGAGGACGAAGAGGACGAUGAUGACGUGAUGGUGAUGGGUGCCGCUGACGUCGAUACCGAACUUAACAAGCUUUGUCAAUACCUGUAUCCCAGAUUACCGGGCAGAAACCGUAAACGCAGUGAUUACGACGAUGACGAGGAUGAUGACGAAUACAAUUGCGACCAACCUCCGAGUCCGGCUAGCAGCUCUUCGGGCUCGAUGACUCUGACCAUGGACUUAUCGCCACCACCAAUGACUCGUCGACAACAAUUUCAACAACAACAAAAGCAGCAGCAACAACAACAGCAGCAGCAGCAACAACAACAACAACAACAACAACAACAGCAGCAGCAGCAGAAACAGCAGCAGCAACAACACCACCUGCAGCAACAACAACAGCAGCUCCAACAACAGCAACAGCAGCAACUACACCAACAGCAGCAGCAACAACACCAACAGCAGCAGCAGCAACAACACCAGCAGCAGCAGCAACAACACCAGCAGCAACAACAACAACACCAGCAGCAGCAGCAACAACAACAACAACAGUCGUUCCACACGAUGCAGACUGCCGCACAACAACAGCGACAGCACCACGUGGAUUACGUCAUGAUGAUGGCUGCCGAAGAUCGUGCAGUCAUAUCGCCCGUUCGGUACACCGCCGAAGACGAGAACGUGGAGAUGCCGCCUGUAGUGUCGUUGACCACGGUGCCUUCGCCAUCACCGCCGUUACAACCGUCGCCGCCGCCGCCCGUUCAACUUAACGAUCGGGAUCACUUGAGUCUGCCACCGCGGAAACGGUCGAAAAUGAUACUCAAGUCGAUGGAGAGCACCGCCAAGAAAGAAGCGCAGUGCAGCCGUUAUAGUUCGGUAAUACAAUACGCCAACAAAGCCUCAAUUUAAACGUUAACGAUCGUAGUAUAUUAUAUAUUUAAUAAUAUUAUCAUCACAAUUUAUGAUUAUUAUACUUAUUUAUGAUAUUACUAUUAUUAUUAUUUCGUAUUAGAUAAUUACUUUAAUAAUUAUUAUUAUGCGACUGUCCCAAAUCUUUAUUUUAUUUUUUCGCAACAUACGUACACAUUAUACCUACUAUAACGUGGAACUUUAUUUGCCCAAAUGAUAAUAGUCAAGUUUAAUAUUAUUAUUUUACGUCAUUAGUGUUAUAGAAAGGAAACAUUUAUUAUUUUAGUAUCUGUGAUAUGAUAAUACAUUAUUUACCAAAAUAUUAUUAGGUGAACCGUGCCACUGGGCGGGGGAACGACGUAAAGGAGGGUUCCGAUAGUUGUUAUCAAAAAACAGGAGUAUAAAUAUAUAUAAUUAUUAUUAUUUUCUACGUUUUAGAACUAAUUGUAUUAUUAUUAUUAUUAUUAUUAUUAUUAUUAUUUAUUUUUUAACAAAUAUUUCGAUUCGUACGCGUUUCCCUUGGACGUUCCUUUCGUGAAUAGUUACGAUUUUUUUUUUAGUCUGGGAAAAUAUAUGCUGUGUACGCAUUAUAUCUUUUUUUUUAAUGCAAUUUUAGUCUAUAUAUUACUAAUAAUAUAAUUUAAUAUAGAAUAAUGAAAUCAUACGGGUAGUAGUUAAUUACAUUCUCUCGCUAGAGGAACAAAAAGUCUGUCGAGCAGUUUUUGCUAUAAUAUAAUAAUUAUUAUUGAUAUUAAAUUGCAUAUUAUUUAAACACUAUUAAAAUGCAACAAGUUGUGUAGUUUCAUUGUUUUUCUUUUUCUUUUACUAGGUGCAUAGGACUAAGUUUAGUAAUUAUUAACGUAAUUAAAAUAAUACAAAACAGAAAAUCAUCUACCUCAUUUGUAUGCCUUAUACAUUAAUUGCCUAUAAUUAGAAAAAAACAGUACAAAUCAUAUUAUCCUAAAGUGACGAAACUCACUGAGGACCAAUUUAUAUUUAAAUAAUUAUUAUAUUUAUUGUGUGUGAAAAUAAUUUACGCGUGUGUAUGUGUGUGUGUGUGUGUGUGUUAGUAUUUGUGCACGCAUAUACAUAUACACAUACCUACAGUAGACUUUCGAUAUUAUUCGAAUUUCAACAUCUCGAAUUUUUCGACACGUCGAACUGAAUCGUAUCUUUUUUCUCUUGUUGACUUUCGAGAUUCUAUCGAGUCUACUGUACUAUAAUAAAUUAAUUUAAUUGUAAACAUAUUUUUAAUGUAUAUCAGCGUCAAUCAACAACAUGUAUAUUGUUAGAAAUUAAUUUUUAAUAUGUAAAUACAUUGACUGUCUUCGUAUUUAUGUAUAAUAUACAAUAUUACAAUAAGUACAAUGUGUUAUAUUAUAUAAUAAUAUAGAUACGAAGUGUAUGUAAAUGUACUGAUUUUGGAUCUCUUAAUAUCUCUGUAAAACUUGUAGGAACGCAUUAAUAUUAUUCUACAAAGAAAUAUGUUGCAUUUAAUGUUCCUACUACAAAAUCAUUGUUAAUUAGUCCAUACCUUUACAAUGUUGAUAUUUA